AUGAUUGGAUCGACAGCAGAAUCACUUCUGGAGACGAUUAAAAAGAAAAUUCUUGCUUCUAAAGUUACUGUUAAAGCGUUAACUUCGGAACUUGAGAGCAAGCAAGCUCUUCUUAAGGCUGAACAAGAGAAACGGGAGAAGGCCGAGGCUGAAGUUGCUGCCCUCCAACGUCGUAUUCGUCUCCUCGAAGACGAUCUUGAGAGCACAGAUACUCGUCUUACGGACGCCACUGCCAAGUUGGAGGAAGCCAGCAAGGCGGCUGACGAGAGCGAGCGCUUUCGUCGCGCAUUGCAGUCGCGUCAGGUAACUGAUGACACACGUAUAGAGGAACUGCAACAGAAGAUUCAAAAGACUGCUAAGGAGGCAGCUGAGGCUGAACGCAAAUAUCAGGAGAACCGCACAGUUGCUGACGAGGAGCGAAUUUCUUCCCUGGAAGAGCAGCUGAAAGAGUUUACCUUUAUGGCCGAGGACGCCGAUAGGAAAUAUGAUGAGUCUUCACGCAAACUCGCUAUGUCAGAGGUGGACUUGGAGCGCGCAGAGUCCCGUCUUGAAGCAGCCGAAAGGAAAAUCCUCGAUCUGGAAGAUGAGCUCCGCAUCGUUGGCAACAACAUGAAAUCUCUUGAGAUUUCCGAGCAGGAGGCGGCGCAACGGGAAGAGGCCUAUGAAGAGAACAUUCGUGAUCUCACUGAGCGCCUUAAGGCCGUAAGAUUCGCUCGCAAGCUCACCUAA